AUGGCACACCUGGGUUCCAGAGCCAAAGACGUCUACUUGGUCUACUGCCAGAAGGGCGUCGUCGGGUCGGACCAGCAGCACCCAUGCUGGACAUUUUCCACCAAGUACACCUCAGCAAUGAAGAAGCAGGAUUACUGCGACCCCGAGAUCCUGGGUUGGGCCGCCUCCAAAGCCAAGUCGCCGGAUCAGAUCCGCGAGGGAGAUUGGCACUUCCCCGCCGAGAACCACAAGACCCAGGUACCGGGCCUCUGGCCCAACGACCGGUACGUCGACUGCAAAGGUGGCGGGCGGCCCCUGGGUCCUUGGCUCUGCUUAUACUCGCCCCAGGACUUGCGUCAUGCCUUUGACCUCGUACGAGUGGCCCUCCACGUUGCGUGGAUGCCUGGCUCUGACUCUGGAAGUGGUCCUCGCCUGCUGGGGCACAUUCUCAAGCAAGAUCCUGUCUUUCGGGACAAGAGCAAGAUCACCUUUCUGGACACUGCGGACUUUGCGCAUAUUCGGCGAUGGCUCUUCUUGCAGGUUCCCGCGAGUCUACCGGAUUCAACGCCUGUGCAGCUUCGUGCUUGGGAACCCAUCGAGGUCUGCAUGCUUUUCAGCGCGGAAGAGGGUGGCAGCAAAUCGCACGAGGAGGUGCUUGCGAAGGCCGACUUCCGCCUUAUGCCCGAGGGCUCCGUGGCCAAGGUCUUUCCGAAGAUCGCCGGGGGUCCACCUCUAGCGGAGCAGGUGUGGGCCCGGACCUACCCACGGGGACUGCUCGAGUUUCCGAUCCCGGUGGGGCCGUGCAAUCUUCCCCCACUGAUAUUUAUGCAUUCGCAGAUCUGCGCCUUGGUGCAGGGCACAAGGCCAUGCCUCCGGGUGAGGCCGUUGCAAGGUGAGGACGUCUACCUGCCAGACCCACUAGCAGAGGUUUCAGACGCAGAUGCGACUCUCCUGCCGAAGCCAAAGCCGGUGAUGUACAAGUUUGUGUCCCCUGGAGAGCUCGGCUACACGGGCUACACGCUCUUCCAGGGACCGCCGUGUUCACAGCAUUGCACAUCGGCCGAGACGCAGAUGCGCAUCGAGUCGAUGGAGCAGCUUACAGUUGCUCUGCUCCUGUUCCCAACUCCGCAGUGCGAUGAGCUGGAGGAGCCGCCACCAGAAAGAAGUGCCACCAAGCGAGGUAGCAGCAAGGAUCGUCCACCUUCCAAGACCGCGCCUCUCCCUCCAAAGCCCAAGCCGGCAGUAACGGAACCGGCCGAGCCACCGGCGUGGCUGGCAGAAGGCUGGAAGGCCAUCCCUCAGAAAGUCGCCACCACUGUAGAGUCGCCGGAAGGGACGAUGGUGAAAUGCAUACAGGCCUACACACAAAGCCUGGAGCCAGGAGAGGUUCUCUCCGUGCCAGGCUGUGGCCCCGAUUUCUUCGCCAUCUUCCUCUACAAGCAGACCUCCCCUGAACGCCCCGACGUGGUGCGGCCUUUGGUGCUGCGUGAGCCGGCGCUCCUGGCCGCAGGUGAUCGAGUAGAGGCCCUACUGCAGCAGUUAAGUGCGGAGCUGGGGGAUGACAUGGCCAGGGAGGUGCUGAUGACCGAGGCGACGAAGCAGGCUGCCUUCGAGCCGCCUCAGAAGCUAACCGUGAGGGGAAGCUCGCGCACGGGCUGGCCCAAGCUCUGCCAGGAAGGCAGCCACGAGGACAUAGCGCGCUGGAUCUUUGAGCACAAGGUUGACGUGUUGGCCGGGAUCACCUCGGAGCCCGUGGCUCGAGAUAUCCUGAAGAGUUUGGGCGGCUUGAAGGCUCCCGUAACGGUCCCGCUGAUGCAAGAUCGCUGUGCUGCGAUUCGAGAGCUCCUGGAUCUCCGCUCAAUCUCGACCACGCUGCAGAGCCAUCCAAAGCUUCUGACACACAGCUCCGAAACUUUCCGAGAAAGCUUCAGAGAAGUGGAGGAGCACCUCGGCACACUGCCGGCACGGGAGGUCUUGCGCGCGCACUCUAACCUUCUGAUGGUGGAUAGCCAGCUGCUAGAGUUCUUCUCCAUCAUGUCGGAGCGGUUUAACGAUGACGACCUCCGGCAUCUUCAGCAAACUGGCAGCGGUGGGUGGCUGAAAUGGCCCGAGAUCGUCGGAAAGCCUCGGCCGGAGAUCCAAGCAUGGCGAGGACAUGUGGCGGGACAUCACCGACAGCGCUGCUGUGCCGACCGAGUCCUAGCCUUCGGAGCCGAGCCACAGGGGGCGGCGGCUUUGGCGAUGCUGACAGGCGAAAUCCCAGAAAUUCCGCCGCUGCUACUCGAGUGA